AUGUCACAAUUUUAUCAUGUUACGACUCAGCGCUCGACUUCUGUUACCAAGGCUCUCACGGGAAAUUUUACGGGUCCCAAUGACCUUAAUCUUCUUAUCAUCAAAAAUUCGUAUCUGGAACUUUAUGAUGUCACAAUUGAGGGUCUGAAGCUGAUACAUGACGUGCCGUUGAAUGCCAGCGUUCUUACUGCUUUGUUUUUUCGUCGAAAAUUUUGCAAGCGUGAUGCGCUAUUCGUGCUUACUCACAAAGCCGACAUAGCCAUUAUAGAAUGCAAUCGUAAGAAUGAAUCAAUAGAAUUCGUUACAGUCAUGUCGGCAAGCAUUGCUGACAGUGCUGCCCGUAUGCUGGAUCAAGGCUUCGAUGCUCUUGUAGAUCCCAGUGCUACUUACAUUGUGAUCAGAAUGUACUAUGGAAUGCUGAAGCUUGUUCCGAUUGCCAAUCUUUCUGAACCUCGCGACCCUUUAAGCAGAGUUGAUCAGCAAGCAAUGCCUAUAAGUGUCAGGAUUGAAGAGACGCAAAUUGUGGAUAUGGUCUUCUUGUGCGGUUACACAGCGCCCACUUUUGCGCUGAUUUACGAGGAUGAUAUGGUAGCCUCAAUAAAGAUGUAUGAUAUCUUUGGCAAAGACCCAAUCCUGCGCUCUGUGCCUGUAAAUGUUGACUCCAUCGAAACCAGCUCAAAGAUCCUCAUCCCCGUUCCAGCUCCUUAUAGUGGCUUUAUCUUAGUAGGCGACAGUAUUAUUUGCUAUCACACUCGGGAGACCUUUCACAUCUCUCAGUACAUACCUCAAGCGCAGAACAGCCGUAUAGUCUGUUAUGCCAAGGUGGACUCAAGGCGCUACCUCCUAGGAGAUAUAGCUGGCCGUCUUUACAUGGUUCAUCUAUUGCCACAGGAUGAGAAAACUAUACGACCCAUUCCAUCUACAUCGCGCGAUAUGACUCACGCUAAUCCACGAAUCGGCUCCAUACGUAUUGAACUCCUCGUUCGUAUGUUAGGUUUUAUUGGUUAUUCUUCCAUUGUUCAUGUUCCAGGCGAGACGGCCAUUCCAGAGUCCAUAGUUUAUCUCGAUAAUGGUGUGGUUUUCAUCGGUUCUUACCUGGGCGAUUCGCAGCUGAUCCGGUUAAACCCGGAAAUUGAUCCCAAGACAAAUAGCUACAUUACGAUCCUUGAAGAGUUUACAAACAUUGGUCCCAUCGUUGAUAUGGUCUUCUUCGAGAACGAUGGUCAGAGUCAACUUAUCACCUGUUCCGGUUGCUAUAAAGAGGGCAGUCUGCGUAUUAUUCGAAAUGGUAUUGGUAUUCAGGAACGUGCCACCAUUGACAAAGAAAAUCUCAAAGCGGUGUGGUGCUUCCCACUCGAAUCUGAUACCUACGAUGAUUCCAUCAUCGUGUCUCUAAUUGGUCGAUCUCAACUUCUGCGUUUAGUAGGGGAUGAUUUGGACCAACUCAAGUUGGAGGGUUUUAAUCUUGGAGAACAGACCCUUCACUGUGAUGUGGUCUAUCCAAUUGGUUACAAACAGAAACCGAGGUCUCUCCUUAUGCAGGCAACCACGUACGGCCUGCGACUCAUCGGUAUAGGGGAUCUUUUGGGUAGGGGAUGCUUGGCAAAGUGGCGUUCUCCCACCGACAGAUCAGUUUCCUCUCUCGCCUCGCGUGGUGACUAUGUUGUAGUAGCCAGUGGGUCGGACCUGUUUGCUCUUCGUAUAACGGGAACUCCCGAGGCUCCAGAAUUCACACAAAUUGGCAAUGCGACUCUCCCGCAUGAGGUCGCAUGCGUUGACCUCACGCCUUUCGAUAGAUCGCUUGCUGCUAAAGCGGCCAUUUACUCUGCGGCUUUUCAAUCACCCGUGAACAGCAUCAAAUCCUCUACCAGGAGCAGCAACGGUGAUGAUGAGGCGAUGGAUUCCUCUUGUUCUGGGGAUCCACUUGAUAACUUAGAGCCUGAAUACGUGGCUGUGGGAAUGUGGAUGGGCUAUGGGGUCGCUCUUCUCAAACUCCCAUCGCUUGAGGUUGUUUGUACAGAACCUCUACCCACAAUGGUCCCCACAUCGGGCAUUGCCAUCUUACCACGCUCCAUCACUAUUGCGCAGUUUGAAGGACUCGCAUAUCUCUUUACUGUCACUGGGGAUGGUUCUUUGUACUACUAUAAUCUGGACUGUUCUACAGAAAACAUUGCUAUUCGUGAAGCAAAACGCCUAAAUGCGGGAACAGGAUCUCAAGUGCGUCUUACCCAAUGGCGCUCACACGGCAAAAGGAAUGUCUUUGUUUGCUCAAACCGCCCUUGCAUUAUCUACUCCAACCGACAUAAACUCGUUUUUUCCAGCGUGAACAUAAAGGAGGUCUCCUUUAUGUCUCCUCUAAACGGGUCUUACUACAAAGAUUGCAUUUGUAUGGUGACGCCAUCUGGGCUAAUAAUAGGCUCGGUGGACAAUAUCCAGAAGUUGCAUGUACGUCGGGUCGCUUUAAGCGAAUCCCCUCGCCGUCUGGCUCUGCAGUCAGAAACAAAUAGCCUUGGUGUGAUAUCAUGUCGUCGUGAGGUCUUUCAAGAAGGCGUUGGGUUCAAACCCAUCCGAACUUCUGCCUCUCUGUCCCCCAAGGUGCCCAGGUCUUUCAGUUCCACACCCAAAUCUCUCGCUUCUUCUUCGAACCCGGAAAAGUGUACCGACAUUGAGGCGUCUUCGUUGCUGAUCUAUAACCAAAGUAAUAUGGAGCUCCAAUACGUCCACACCUUUCAUUACAGUCAGAUUGUCGUAGAGACAGCUAUGAGUAUCGGUUCAGUGAAUCUGGAUGGUGGUUCGGGCGCCCUCUUUGCUGUGGGCACAGCCCUCAUUGUCAAAGGAGAGCAUGAUCCUAAAAAGGGUCGGAUUCAUCUCCUCCGCUGGAAUCCUGCAUCUUCAAAAUUGGAUGUUGUUUUCACCUACGACGUUCCUGGUACCGUUUUUCGGGUUCGGUUGCUUGAAUUUAAUGGAGACAAUAUUCGUCAAGAUUCGAUCUUCAACGACAACAUAAUGUCUCUAUACUUGCGAACGAAGGGCGAUUACGUCCUCAUUGGUGAUUUGAUGCGCUCCUUAUGUCUCCUCCUCUACAAACCCAAUCGAAGCAAUUUCGAGGUGAUCGGGAGACACCAUUGUCCACGUUAUACAAGUGGAAUAGAGAUAAUCGAUGAUGAACACUUUCUCUCGGGCGACGCGGACGGAAAUAUCCAUGUGCUGGGACGUAAUCUCCCGGGCAACACCGAUGAGCCUGUGGUUCCGUCACUUCGUGUCACUGAGACCGCUAUCAGUCCUACCCCUCUUCCCGUCCCUGCGCCUACUCCCAAAUCAGCUGCUGAUGCGACUGACGUCACUGGUUCUGGUGAUGCAGCGGAUACUGUCUCUACCAGUGCAAGCACUUCGGCUACAGAAACAACGCCAGCACGAGAUUCAGAAGAACAACCGGGUGCUCCGUUACAGGCACCAGUCUCACCAUCUUGCGGCCUUCCACGAUGUUCAUCGAAUGACGGGAAGGCCUUGGUGGAUUGCGCCUAUAUACAUACUGGUGAAUCCAUAAAUGUUUUCGUCAGAGGAAACAUGAAUACCCUAGGUGCAGAUAGGUGGUCAGCAAUCGGCGAAACGCACAACAUGUACGGCUCGGCGCAGGGUUGCUUGGGUCUAGUGGUUCAUCUGUCGCCCAUUCUCUUCGCUUUUCUCAAGGAGGUGGAGUCGCGAUUGGCCCAACUAAUUGUACCCGUGGGAAAUUUCUCACAGGAAUCCUGGCGUUCCUGUAAGGACUGUCUAUGGACGGUUAGGGUGGCGCACAAUAUCAUCGAUGGGGAGCUGAUUGAGAACUUUCUAGAUCUGAGUUUGGAAGAUAAGAACAAGGUCGUCCAGGGACUGAAGAUUCCCGCUUCGAUGGAAGACUUUGGGACGGCGGGGCUGUCAAAGUUUAACGAGAACGUGGAAACCAAGGAAUGCACCGUUAAUGAUCUGAUGCGAGUUGUUGAGGAGCUGGCAGCUCUACAUUGA